AUGAACCCCUCGCAGCUGCUCGCCUCUUUCUGGGAUACCUACUUCCCACUCAAGACGUUCAGACUCCGCGACGACGACGUGGCAUUCGCAACCGCCUUCUUCCACUACUUCGUCCGGAACUACUCCUGCGCGGCAUCGUCCGACGAUGUUGGGCAUAUUGGAUGGAACAACAGCAAUAGUCAAACGACGACGGGAAGGGUGCUAUGGACGGACAGGGACACUGUAGAGCUGGAAUAUGGGGAUUUCGUGCAGGGUUGUGAGGAGGUCCCUGCUCUGGAGGCCAAGCUUCGCCAAUCACCAGGCUCCAUCCUGCCGUGUCUAAACCUCGCAGCCCACGCAGCAACCAUCUCCAUACUACGAGCUCAAGCGCCUGCAAACUCUUCUCACGCAAUCAAGCCGUCGUUUGAGAGACGCACAGUCCGACUCUUCAACUAUACCCAAUCCACCCCGAUUAAGAAAGUCAAAGCGAACCUCCUAUCAUCCUUCCUCAGUAUCCGCGGCACAGUCUUGCGCGUAGCAGUCGUCAAACCCGUGCUUACGUCCAUCCCAUACAUGUGCGAUGAUUGCGGAGAAGUGCAGGAGAUGGCAUUCAAAGAGCAGCCAACGCAUUACUACCGUGUGCCAGCCAAAUGUGCUCGGUAUGGCUGCAAGAGUCGAAAGUUCACCCCGCAGCUAGGCGCGACCGUCGCUCAGAACAAGCAGCGGAUCUGGGUGCGGGAGGACGCGAGUGAAGGCGAUCCGUCGUCGUCGUCGUCACGGGGAACGCAAGCGAGGGUCGUAGAGUGUGAGCUUGCGGAUGAGAUUGUGGAUUCCAUCAUGCCGGGAGAUGUAGUGACGGUCAGUGGGGUUCUGAAGGUCGUGGAAGGACGGAAAGUGGACACCUACGCGGGGCUCUAUAUCGAUGUCAACUCGAUAGUAAAGGCAAAUGAUGGGCGUGGGAUAAACGCCCUUGCGAAUCCGACUGGCAACGCUGGGGUUCUCAGUAAGGCGGGCAUAGCCUAUACGGAGGCAGACUUGUAUGGCAUUCGGCAACUGGCGGAGGAUCCCAACCUGUUUUCUUUGCUGGUGCAUUCACUCUGCCCAGCCAUAUACGGACACGAGGUGAUCAAGGCCACUCUUCUGCUCGCGCUGUUUGGAGGUCGUGUGAAGGGAUCCGCUGGAGCCCAAGAAGACAGAGGACCUCGAAAUUGCGCGCCGGAUCACAACACAUCAGUAUCCUCAGACAUUCACAUCAUGCUGGUCGGCGACCGCGGAAUGGGCAAAUCUCAAAUGCUAGCCUCUCUCAGCGCCGUCCUACCUCGAGGCGAAUACCUCACCGUUGGCACCUCCAAGUCUUCACCACCAAAUUUCGGCUUAAGCACUACCCGUCUCCCCGACUCCGGCAACGACGUGGCCGUAGAAGCCGGCCCCCUGGUGCUCUCGGACCUUGGGACAUGCUGCGUCGACAAUUUCGAAAAGUGCGCUCCCUGGCACACCUGGAUUGCCCAGACCCUCGACAACGGCUAUGUCACACUCGACGGCAGUGCGGAGGACGUGCCCAUGUACGUACAAGUCCCCGCCCGAACCUCUCUGAUCGUCGCCGCCAACCCCGUCUGUCCUACAAGCAGCGGCAUGCCCUCCGGCGGCAGUGGCGGUGGGGCAGGUGGGGGCUGGAGAAAAAGUGCGCCCGGCGGAAGCGCCACCGCCGCGCCAGUCGGCACCUACGACCGCAGCAAAACCGUCUGCGAAAACACCCGCAUGACCCCGGCCAUGCUCGCCCGCUUCGACCUCGUCUUCGUCAUCCUGGAUAUCCCCGAAAAAGAAAAAGACGGCUACAUGGCCCGCCGCGUCCUCGACCUCCACGCCGGUGGGACAAACAUGCGCGGACCCACGCCCCACCCGCGCGUCACAGCCUGCACCGACGUCCAAGACGACGCGUCCGAGUACCUUCAAACCGACCCGCUCCCCGACCGCCUCAAACACACCCUCCCCCCCGUAUCCACCCUUCUCCCGACACACCAACUGCGCGCCUACAUCGCCUACGCACGCACCCACGUCCACCCAUACUUAACUCCCGCCGCGGCCGCCGAGAUCCUCGCGAAUUACCCGACUCUGCACGCCCUGCAGCCGGCCGCGGCGGCGCCGUCGCGCACACUGGAGACGGUGGUGAAGAUGGCGGAGGCGAGAGCGAGGAGUGAGUUGCGGGAGGCGGUGGAGGUGGGGGAUGUGAGGGAUGUGGUGGAGCUGUGCAGGGAGGCGUUUGGGAGUUGUGCUGCUGUUGUCGAGGGGCCCGGUGCCGGGUUGGGGAAGAGGAAACGGGGUGCGGGUGGGGGUGGAGGUGUUGUGGCGGAAGCUCAGAGAUUCAUCGCACACCUCCGACAAUCCGCGGCAAACGGCACCAACCGAUACGACUUUGACGAGCUGAGACAGAUAGCAAAAGCAAUAAACAUCCCCUCAGCAACAACCCCAAACACCUUCUCGACUCUGCUGGACACGCUGAACGCCGACGGGUUCUUGAUCAAGAAGGGGCCGAGGGUGUAUGUUGUUUCGGGGUGAGACGAGGGGCGCAGAGCUGGCUAUCGAACUGUUAGAUGAUCACCGGAAGGGAGCGUACAACCAUUUGCCUAUUAUUUCUCGGACGGAGGAUCAGUGAUUAGGUAGUGGGGGCGGCGUGUAUGGAAUGGGAUGAAACGGGAUUGG